AUGUGGCUAACUGGCUUGAUGAACAACUACAUGAGACACGCGGUGGCCUCCUUCCUCAUCGCCUAUCUGGACAUUCCUUGGCAGGAAGAAUACCGCUGGUUUCAUGACACACUGGUAGACGCUGAUGUUGCCAUUGAUGCCAUGAUGUGGCAGAAUGGAGGAAUGUGUGGUCUGGAGCACCCUGUUGAUGCAGCAUAUGUGAGGCAGUGGUGUCCUGAAUUGACGGCACUUCCUGAUGAGCUCAUCUAUAAGUUCUGGAAGUGCCUGGCUUCAGUGCUUCGCAGGACAGGUCUUUUAUCCUCAUACCUCACAGUUAUCUCAGACCUUGACUCAGAUUAA